CCCACCCCACCUUCCUCGCUUUCCCGCGAUGAGUUUCAUGGCGUGUUUACUAUUCGACACCCGUGUCGCCGUGUUUACCAAGCGGUGCGCGUGAGUAGUUUGCCUGGUUUCAGCAUUUCAGAGUCUCACUGUUCGAGGGUGGAGCUGCCUGCGUUCAGCCGUCACCUGCCUUAACGCGGUAAGCGAGCCCUCCUCGCGAAUAUCCCCUUCAUCGACAGCAGUGGGGGGAAGAGACGCUGCGUUGUUCCACGCAAGAACACAAAAGCAAGCGACGCGCGUGCCAUGGCGAGCGACCAAAACGCGUAGUCGUCACCAGUCGGGAUUCGCUUCGCCCCCUCAGCGAGUGAUGACCCUGGCGCCCAAGGCUAAAGUGGAAGUGCUGGUCAGAGGAGUCACGGCGGCCGAAGACGAUGCCCUCAUCAACAAGAAGCUACCCAAGGAAUUGCUGCUUCGCAUCUUCUCCUACCUGGAUGUUGUCUCGCUCUGCGCUUGCGCCCAGGUGUCCAAGCUGUGGCACGAGCUCGCGCUGGACGGCAGCAACUGGCAGAAGAUCGACCUGUUCAACUUUCAGACCGACAUUGAGGGUCCCGUAGUGGAGAACAUCUCGCGCCGAUGCGGCGGCUUCCUCAAGAAGCUCAGCCUGCGCGGCUGUCAGAGCGUGGAGGACGCGUCCUUAAAGACUUUCGCGCAGAACUGCAACAACAUCGAGGACCUGAAUCUGAACGGCUGCAAGAAACUGACGGACAGCACCUGCCAGAGCCUGGGAAAGCACUGCAGCAAGCUAACCUUCCUCGACCUGGGUUCGUGCUGCCAGGUGACGGACCUGUCACUCAAGGCGAUCGGCCAAGGCUGUCCCGCGCUUGAACAGAUCAACAUUUCCUGGUGCGACCAGGUGUCCAAGUAUGGUGUGGAAGCUCUGGCUGCCGGUUGCCCACGGCUACGGAGCUUCGUCAGCAAGGGCUGCCCAAUGGUCACCGAUGAGGCAGUCUCCAAGCUGGCCCAGCAUUGCGGAGGCCUGCAGACCCUCAACCUUCACGAGUGCACCAACAUCACCGACACCGCGGUGCAGGCCGUUAGCCAGCACUGUCCCAAGCUUCACUUCCUGUGUGUCUCCAACUGCGCGCACCUCACCGACACCGCGCUUGUGUCUCUCAGCCAGGGAUGCCACGCGCUCUGCACGCUCGAGGUGGCUGGAUGCACGCAGUUGACGGACAGUGGCUUCCAGGCGCUGUCCCGCUCCUGCCACUCGCUCGAGAAAAUGGACCUUGAGGAGUGCGUUCUUAUCACGGACAACACGUUGAUGCAUCUCGCCAAUGGUUGCCCCAAGCUUCAGCAGCUGAGCCUCUCGCACUGUGAGCUCGUGACGGACGAGGGGAUCCGGCACCUAGGUGCAGGCGCUGGUGCGGCUGAGCAUUUGCUCGUGCUGGAGUUGGACAACUGCCCAUUGAUAACGGAUGCUUCGUUGGAGCACUUGGUCGCGUGCCAGAACCUGCAGCGCAUAGAGCUGUAUGACUGCCAGCUCAUCACCCGCGCUGGCAUCCGCAAGCUUCGCAGUCACCUGCUAGACCUCAAGGUGCACGCCUACUUUGCACCCGUCACACCUCCGCCCUCUGUCGGGGGUGGCAGGCCACGCUACUGCCGCUGCUGCGUUGUGCUCUAGUCAAAUGGAGAAGGCUUGGGGGCAAUGGGUGCUUUUAGGAAUUGCCUUUUGCUGCAGGUCAAGGUAGUCAAGAAAUUGUUAAAGCUAGACACGAAGCACCAAUCAUCUACGUGCCAACCGUGUCGACGGUCUUGCGUUUGUGGCUGCAUCUACGAUUACUUGUGAAGCUCGGAUGGUUUUCUGAAAUGUGGUGAAAGAACUGGUGGCUACGUGGAAGAAUGUUAUCACCGAAAGGUCCUUUCAAGCCCGCACUUACGUAAAUGUUGUUUGCACAUUCUGAACAGGUGCAAUUCAAGCUUUGCAUUAGAACCUUUUUGUUUCAGUUUUUACAAAACUUGAAGCAUAUUUUAUCGACGGCAGCGGCAACCGUUUUGUUUAAAGUGUAGAUAUGAAGUUGAUUGGCCGCAAACCGUUUGGCCGUGGUCCUAUUAUACCAGUGACUAUGAUCCGCAUGUACAGACACCACUUCCAUUCCACAGUUUGCUAACUGCGUCUUUGAAAGCACCGGCCAUCUGUAAAGAUAUUCCUCACUGCAUGUGGGUUGUAGGUACUGCGUACUGCAGUCUUUGUGAUAGUGAAAUUUGGUCAUGCCUACUUGUUGGUAGUAACGCUUCAGCAGUGCAGGAAAUUGCCUAAUCGUUAUUAAACUUGCAUUUCUUGUUUCACCUGAACCUUGAUUACUCGUCUGAUGUUCAGUAUUGAGCAAACUGCAGGUAUAAUCAUAGGUGUAAGGACACCACAAAAGGUAAAUCAAACAAGUUGGCCUAAAGAGUGCAGACGGCUUGCUUGUGGUAUCAUGAAUGCCAUACUAGUGCACUGCUUGUAACUUCAUCUAUUUAAUCAUAUUAGACAAGCACUGAACCUUUCUCCAUGUUUGUGAUUUACUGUCAUGGUAGUAUUCGUGCUACCAGUGUGAGCCAUCGAUGUGAUAGAGCACAUCAUUUCCAAAUGCAGAGAAUAUAAUUGUUCAAAGUGAAAGCCUGCACCUAACUGUUAGUCUGCCUGGAGUAAUUCUUUCUUUUUUUUUUCCCUCUCUUUUGAUCUUACGAGAGUCUCGUGAAUUGUACAGUGCAGACAACAAUGCAAGUGGUUUGCUCGUCCAUGUGUUUUCUUCUCUAUAGAAUAACGAUAAUGAAUCAGUACCAAGCCUCUCUGAAUCUCUGAGGAGGCAACUUGAUGAUACAGAUAAAAUGCACAUGUUAUAGUGUACAUGUCAUGCUUGACAGCACAAAAAAAAAGGUUUGGAAAGCAGGUUGCAAUAUGCCUUGACGCUGCACCGCGCGAAAAGGAAAUGUGAUGCCAUCACUUGUGCUGCUGUGACACCAUGUUGGGUGCCCGACUUCCAAUAAUCAAAACUGCAACCACUUGUUAAGAAAACGUGCUUGGGAAUGAUGUUAAUCCUAGAAUAGCGAUAACUAUUCAGGAGAAAGCUACUAUAUGUUAAUCUGCAUUUCGGCUUUGAAACAAGUAAUGUUUUGUACGAGUUAAUCGGACUUUCGAAAUUUCAACAUCUUGUGAUAGAAAAAGGAAAGAUUCCGACAUGUGCUUCCGACUUUCGCUUGCCGCACAAUGAUAAUAGGUAAUCUUUCUUUUAAUUACAGUGUGCAUUCGUGUGCAUUCGCAAACUAAUGGCACAUAAUGUCGAAUGAUUGGAAAAACACUUGCAAACCUUUUCAGAGAGCAAGACUGCAGCUUUUCUACUCGUUGAUUCGCUUAUGCCUUACAUAAAAAAAAUUCUCGUAACCAUUCAGCUAGAUAUGUUGUAAUUUGGAUUUAUUAUUUUUUUUUUUGCAUGAUGUGUGGGGAUGAUUGUGCCCACACAGGCUAUGGUAUUGGUGUAGCAUGUACCAUGAUCCUAAAUUAGUAAUGUAUGGUCACAUUUGUUCACUGAAAACAUUUUUCGGAUCCUCGUUACAAGAUUUUUUUUCUAGCGUAAACCUGGUGACCUUUCUUCUCGUUCACCAUACCACAGGGCCUGUUAUAGUUCAGGAUGUUGCGAGCAGCCUGCACCAGUAGAAGCAAAUAUUUUACUGUUAAUGACCGAGAGCCAUCUAUCUGACCACUAUGGUGCCCAGAAGCAUGCCUAAUGUUUGAGAAGCAUAGUUGUGUAGUACCAGUCAGCUUUCCUCAGUUUGGUAGCAGUUGCCAAAUGACUGAAAGGCACCUGCAUUUUUGGAACACUUAAUCCAAAUGUACUUGCUUUACCCUUAAUUUCAAGGAAAUGUUUGUAAUGUUUCAAGUCUGAAUGGGUACUGUUUGACAUCUUCUAAGCUUAACUCUAACCUAACUUCUUGCUAACUUGCCGAGUUAGAUUUAGAACACUUGAAAUGGUACUUUGUGUGCCCGCCCAGCUUGUGUUUUCAGCAGAUGUCUCUGCAGAUUAUUGCUUGAAUUAGGCUUAUUGUCACGACAAGUGGUUGGUGGUACUUGGCGAAAAAAUCGUAGCAAUUUUUUGCCUGCUUAGACAACAUAGGCAUAGGCACUUAUGUGUGAUGUUGGAACGGUGCAUUAGCCAAAUUAAUUUUCGUGAAAAAAAUUGCUGAUGUGAAAACAGGCAGGAAAUGGCAAAGGAAACCAGUUUGGCUUUUUGAGAGCUAACAUUUUGAUUAAAAGAAAAAGUCUAUUGUAAAGUUGAUCCUGCUGGUUGAGCAGUUCAACGACUAGGGUAGACAUUAUUCAGCCCCAACAUUUGCAUUGAAGAAUGAAAUCUUAUUUCCCCCAAAGUUGUCUGUCCGUUCACUGGUCACGCUGCGUUUCUUUGUAUAUUUGGACAUGAGAACAGUAGCUGAGCACAGUUGUAGAAGCACUUUUCAUUUGCAGUGGAACCACUAUUGUUCUCACUGAAAAAAUUUACGCCAAUUGGUCAUUUGUUUCUUGUAAAUACCUCGUUUGUUUUUGUUGUAAAUUUAAUAUUUCAAAGUUGGCUUUUAAUUUGCGAUGACUGCACAGUUGGAAACCUUUGCAGUUUGCACUGCAGAAUCUCCUCAAUAUAUCCAUGGUUUAUGCAGUUUUUCUUCUACAGCAGCAAACACUGAAAAUGUGUGUAUCUCUUCUUGGACAUUGUGCUACUUAUCGCGUUCUGUCACUUCAAGGUAUAUCUGUUAUUUUCUACUCACCAGAACAUCACGUGGUUCUUACUCUUAUCAGCAGCAUUAUAGAUUUAAUGAAGUUGUGGCAUCAUCUUCUUUCCUUUUUUUCUUUUUGCUGGACACUAUUAAAAGACUAAUGACCAGGGAGCACACAUUUAAUUGGUCGUUAUGAGGAAGUGCUGUUCUCCAUACACGCCUGUUGGCUAGUUUCAAUAGAACCAAAUCCGGUAUUUUUAUUGAAGUCUCAAUUUCUUUAGGUGCUCUCUUCGGCUGUUUACUAGAAACAUAGUGACACCCAUGUGUACUGGUCACUGCGCCGAACUAUCUUACUCGAGCGAGCAAAGAGUAGCUGGAAGUUAGUAACCAGGAAUGCCGUGCGAAUUUUAAAGAAAUUGGUGUCGCCUAUUUGCAGGUGAAUUGGUUCUUAUGGCUAAUCUGCCUGCCUCUAACUUGUAAACAUUAUGUUCUAAUCCGAUUUUGUUCUGUUGUCUCUAGGGUUUCAGUAUUUUCAUUUAAAUGUAAAGAACGAAAAAAAGGAAAAGUGCUGAAUGGUUGAAACGCUACCAGGAACGCACGGCUGCUAGUGAUUUUUGUGCCACCUUUGAGGUCUGGAUGAUUUAUGGAAAGCCGAACGCAGUUGCCAUGUGUGGUAUGCCAUAAUGUGUGAGCUUAGCAUCGCCAGCAUCCACUGGUGCUGCACAUAGUUUGCAUCUGCUGUAUCUUCUAACAGGAAAAAGCUGACUGCAUCAGUGCAUCUUAUGUGGAUAUGUAUCAUAGAUAUUACAUAGUGUGAGAGUUUUUGUGUGAGCACUAAGCUGAACAAAGAGUAUGAUUCUUAGAGGAAACAGGUUACGGUUUCAGUCGAAGAGAGCAGUAAUUUGCAUUCGUGUGUAAAAGCUCUCCUUCCCCUUCCAGGAGAUGAUAACAGAGCAUACGAAUUCUCUUCAAAGUGAUAGCCGAAAGUGCUGAUCCCCGGUCACUUUCACUUGUUAUUUUAAAAACAGUCUGCUGCUGUCUGGAAGAAAAGAAACCACUCAUUCUGUCCAUGGUUCCUACAUGUUUUACAUUGCUUCGCAUACAUCGAUGUCGGAUCUUGUCAGCAAUACGAGCAAACAACCCUAUUUCCACGAGCAAAAGGUAGAUAGCUUUUAUACGCGGCCUAUUUAAUGCUAACUGUACAUAGCACUGUGUUGAGAAUCUCAUCGAUGAUGCUGUCCAUGCUUCCUGCCAUGUAUCGCGCUGUAGGUCAUAAUGGCAUGAGGCUAGCUGGCUUUGAGUGCAUUUGUAUUUCACAUGCUUUUGCUACAUACAUUGAUGUUGGGAAUGUUAAAACAUGGUCAUCACGUCUGCAGGUGUUGUAUGCUGCACUUGUCGUUGUAGUGCCGCUUAGUAAAAGAGAAUCGCUUUGACAUUGUAUGCACAGAGCUGAUCCGUACCACUUUUGCAACCCAGAGAGUUAUUCGAUAGAACAGGUUUCAUAUUUCUUCACUUGAAAGAGCUGCAUGCAGCUGGGUGCCACUUUGUUGGGGUUGAGCGUUUCGCAAACUGAGAGUGUCAGUGUCAAGCAUUAUUUGUCAUUUAAUUGUCGAUAAUUGAUAUUCAAAAAUAAAAUUAAUUGAAAAUCAUAGGUGGCAUCUCUGAUAUGAAUACUGAAAGGCUGCUUAUCUCAUAUCCUGUACUCUAUGUUGCUUCAACCCGAUUGGGCACUUAAUCGCAACCCAGAUUGAGUAAUGGAAAAAAAAAAUGAAAGGAUGAGGCAAGGAGCAAAAGGCAACACGGGGCGCAGAAUAAAAGGCGAUUAGAAGUUUGUGCUCAGUCAUGUUGCCAUCUUAAUUUGAGUUGUGCUAAAACACCUAAUCAUGCUGUACCAACUCACCUUCUACACUCCUGUGCUUGAUCCUGUCUUUGUGCCUGGUGAUCAUGUUUGAUGAAACAGUGCAACCUUGCGGUGACCGAGAUUCGUACACAGGUAACUGUCUUCUCUGUGGUGGCAUGAUGGCUUUUAUGCCCGUGGCCAAUCAACGUGCACGUGUUUUAAAACGUCGGGCAUAUGUGGAUAUGUUUGUACAUGGUGUUGAUUUUAAAGCUGUCGAUAACCUUGUCUUUUCUUAGAUGGGUGAGGGUUAAGUGGCAAAGAAAAAUCUUGCUGCUUUGACACGAUGUUCCUCAACAACUCUAAAGAGACAUUUAUAGGAAUUUGUACACCUUGUAUGAUCAGCGACUGUGAGCAGUAGCUUGCCUUGUGCUUUUUGCUUGUAGCUUGCAUCUUAGUGUGUUUUUAGAAUGGAUUCAUGCACUUCAGGAACUUGGUCACUUGUCAUCUGUCACGCCGACAGUCAUUAUUGUUUCAAGAGGUAUCGGGUAGUUUGUUGUAAAAAGAAACUUUUAAGCAAUUCUACUGGCUUUCCAAAAAAAAAAACGAAAGAAGAUGGUUAUCAGUGUUGAAUUUUUGUUAUUUUCAUGAAAUCUGGAUGGCAGUGAAUCGGUUUUGGUGCCACUUUGGAUCUUCACUCUUUGGAUAACUUGUAUUUGGAAAUGUAUGUGACAUAACCCGUAUUGAGAG